CAUGAAUUAGUGGAUUCCUCGAGCGUUUAAUUUUGGAUAUGAUGUAAUAACAAAUAUUUGUUUCUUCUUUCACACAAUCCUCUCAUCCCAUUUGACACAAAAACACAUUGAGUAGCGCAACAUGAGGCUGGCACAAAUUUUGCUUCAGUGGUGGAGAGGAGGACCACAUGCUGCUUCUUUGAUACUAGGAUAUUGCUCCACCUGCAAGGAAGAAAACAUAUCAACUGGUGCUCUUUCUAUCAUCAUACAUCGCCAACAUAUAAGUUGUUGUGGUAUACAACAAGCCAACUAUAUGUGUAUCCCUGCAAGAAAUCCUUCCAAUCUUCUUGUACCAAAUUCUAUAGCUUAGUGUACCUUUCAAGUAUGCCAAUACUCUUUUGAACAAGCAAUACUAAGUACAUAACAUAUGGUCUAGUUGUUGUGGCACACAACAAACUAACUAUAAGUUGUUUAUACUCGGUGGCAUCGACCAAAUUGUCAAGAACCAGUUGAUCCCAAUAACUCGAGUUGUUGGGAGAGGUUCCAUAGUUGAUCUUAUACCACACACUAACACGUCCCCUCAAACGAAAGUCACCCACAAGGGCUUGAAGUGCUUAACAAAUUGGAAUCGUGGGGAUUCCAACACAAGAUCUCUCGGUCACAGAAGGCUCUGAUGCCAUGUCAUAAACCAACUGGUCCCAAUAGCUCGAGUUGUUGGAAGAGGUUCCAUAAUGGAUCUUAUACCACACACUAACACAAAUUACCAUCUCCUUCCUUUGUCGUCUUGAUUCUAUGAGACAUUGGAUUCUUGACACGAUUGCACUCCAGAAGCUUAAACCUCUCUAACACUUCCUUUGCAUAUUUUGGUUGGAAAAUGAAAACACCAGCAAUGUUUUGAUUCACCUAAACUCCUAGAAAGUAUUUCAUCCUCACUAAAUAUGUCAUCUCAAAUUGAGCUUCCAUCGACUUCUUGAAGUUUGCAAUCAUGGUAGGAUCAUUGGUUGCAUACAUUACAUCAUCAACAUACAGACUCACUGAGUAGGAUGUUGUUUCUGUUAGUGUUGUGGUAUAUGAUUCAUGAUUGAACCUCUCCCAACAACUCGAGUUAUUGGGAUCAACUGGUUCUUGACAGUUUCUAGUUCUUUUUGAAAACAAGGUAUGAUCAUAGGAACAUUUUUUAAAGCCAUUUGCAUCAAAGUACUCUUCAAGUUUGUUGUACCAUAACAUUAUAAAUACAAGUUCAGUUUGUAUCAUAACAAAAUUUGUAAAAUUUAUAGAGUUUAAAACUACAAGUUAAACUUAUACCACAGAUCAAGGUUGUCAACCCGCGGGUCGACCCGGAUUAGCCAGGACCCGGCCAAAAAAACGGGCCAUACUAACCCAUUUUCAUGUCAGCCCGGAAAUAGUCAAACCCGGAGAAAUCCGGUCAAACCCGGAUUGACCCGGCCGGUUAGCCCGUUGGAGCGGGUCAACGGGUUGCUCUUCCUGAGCCCCGUUGGCCGUUGCGUCGCCGUUUCUGCGGACUCCGCCUCUGCUCGGCCUCCGCCUCUGCCUUGAAUUUUUAACUAUGAUGGAUUUAAGUUGAUGUUAUGUGAAUGAUUUAAGUGUUGUUGAAUUUUUACUCUGUUGAAUUUAAGUUGAUGUUAUUUAAGUGUGUUGGAGUUGAAGUAGUGUUGCAUUUUUUAUGUUGGAUUCAGGAUAAGUAUAAUAUAAUUACAUUUUCCAUAUUUCCGGGCUAAACCGGGCUAAAACGGGUGACCCAAUAACCCAUGACCCACUAGUUCGUCCAGGUCCGGGUCGACCCGCGGUUUGACCACCUUGCCACAGAUACAAUAAAGUAUUGUCACUAAGAAUAUAAAAUAAUUUUAUGUAGUUUUCCCAUUUUUAUUGUACUCCAUUAUUCCAGGUGUAACACCAAUACUGAUGCAACCCCAAAAUGAGCUGGCAAAUUAAUACAAGGAAUGGAGUUGCAGUGUCGGUGCUCCCUCCUUCCACUGAAAUCAACCCCCUCUUGCUUCCAUAAGUAACUUAGUCUCUCAUCCAUAAACCAUCCUAUUUCCCAGUGCAUCUCUCGGCUGCUUCAUAUCACUACUGCUCCCUCAAAAUUCUCAUCUCGUACAUCCCUCACCAUCAACCUUGUCCAUCAUCGCAUCACACAAACCACCACCGAUCCGACCCUCCAAUCACCACAACUGUUAUACCACUCCUUGCUCUCGAUCCAAGUAGACGAACACCUGGAAACUACAACCAACGACACCACUCAAGUCGCCAACACGCACGCCGAAAACCACGUUAAAGUUGCCCGAUCCUUUCCCCCGUACGACGUCGCCACGACCCUAGUGCAUCAUCUCACAUCCACUAGGUAAUGAUCACGAAACCAUCUCAGUUCUAAAAUCAAAUCCAUCAAUAGCUAAUCAACUCGACGGUUGUGAACCGUAGUCUUGAUGGCGACGACGAGGACGGAAAUCUACGGGUGAUAGAACAACGAUUGAAUCGAGGAAACAACGACUCUAGCGACUCAAAUCUAGAUCUAGGCACGCAUACGAGGUAAGAAAACCCAACUCCUCGCAUUAAAAUUUCAUGUUUAUGCGAGUAAUAUGAGCUUGUCCAAAUCUUGGAAUUUAGCGACGGUUUUACAGGUUUUUAGCAACGAACUCUUAGAGCUUUGGUAACUGCCGGUCUAACGGUUGCUAAAGAUACUGCAUAGUAUUUUUUUAUUCAUUGCAAGUAAAUCCACAUAGUUAUGCUUGUUUGCAGACAGAUCCUCAAAUUUUGUUAAAUGGUCGUUUUAUUCUCUAAAAUCUCAUAAUAUUGAAGUUAAACUAACUAGAGACUAUUGUAGUAGUAAUCAUAGGGGUGGGCAACGGGAAACGGGUAUUUGGGUAUACCCGUACCCGUCCCGUUUUUUAAGGGUUACGGGUACCCAUAUUACCCGUAAUAUUAUAAACGGAUGGGACUUGGGAUUGUACAUUCCUAAUAUGGGUACCCGCGGGUUACCCGCAAAUACCCGUUUGGGUAAUGUGGGUACCCGUUUUACCCAUUUGCCAAUUCUAAUCCAUAGAAAGGGAAUGUCCACUUCGCCACAAAGAUGAAACUUUUCUUAGUAAAGAAACAAAGAACGCUAUGUGAACAUAAUACUUGUAGUCUGCACUCUGCAGUGACAUGCAACCUAAACUCAUCCCUGUCCAAGAAGUACCAUAGAUUAUUUUCAUAGUUCAAAGUAGUCAUCAAUCGCUAAAGGAACCUCAGCGGUGUAUGAUUCUGUAACAUUGAAAUUAUCAGUUACAUUUUUCCUUCUACCCUGCUGAGUACUGACAAUAGCUGAAUGCAUGCAGGUUACCCUAUAUACCACUCAAUGUAUGAUGACUUUGUCUGGAUGGAGAAGUUUGGUGACCCUAAUUUUCGCAGGCACAUCGUUGUGAUUGUUCAUGAUUUGUGUUGAAUGAAACUUCUUAUUUGAUAAUUUGGUGCUUAGAAUGAUUUAUUUCUGUGCGUUGUGAUUGUUCAUGAUUUGUGUCUUGUGAUUGUUAAGCAAGUACAAGUUAAGUUUAAACUUUUGUUAAAAUUUGAGUGGUUUAAACUUUGGGUAUUUAUGGGUAGUAUGGAUACCCGUUAUCCGUCCCGUACGGGUAAUGGGUACCCGUUUCCCAUAUGGGUUUGGGAUAUGGAAUGGACUUUGGCCUCCAAAUGGGACUGGGUACCCGUUUAAAACGGGACGGGUAUCCCGUCCCGUCCCGUUGUCCACCCCUAAGUAAUCAAGAUAAUUAGUAAUAAUAUUCCUUAGUUUUCGUUACCAUAAUAAUAUGAUUAAUGUUAAUAGCACGUGAUGAAUGAAUUAAUAGGAUUAGCUAAUGGGUAAAUAAUUUGUUAUCUAGUUUGCUAAAUUGAUUAGUAUAAUCUAGAGUUAACCCACGUAGGUUAUUGUAGCACAAUUAGUUUCAAAUGAUUAAGAUUGAUUAAGAACUUAAAUAUUAUAUGUAAAGAAUUACGAUUCUAAUAUGUUAGAUUAAUUGGUACAUUAGUAUACCAUACCUUGCACAUCUUGCAAAGUAUUUUCAAGUCGAGAAAGUCGUCGCUAAGAACCCAAAACUCAACCAAUCUAAUUUCGAAUUUCACCAUAGGACCAAGAGGCAAAUCAACCAAGUCAAGGGCCCCAACCUUCACGUUGUAACUUCUUGAAUUAAUAAGGUGCGUGGUUUGAGGGGCUAGUUAGUAUUUCGCUUUAAUUUAUCUAAUUAUGUUAUUUAAUUAAGUUAUGCUCUAUAUGUAUGUCCACGUUAAGUGUAUUUAUGUUAGUAAGCAUGCCAUUGCAUUCCAUCAUGAAGUUAUGUUUUGAGCAAGAUUAUGGACUUACGUUCCAUGUUACCAGGUUAUCAAGUAAGAACAUGUUUUUAACUACUCACUCGACUAGUGCACGCGGCUACCCUACUUCCCGCCAAGUGGAAGUCAAGUUCAGGAUUAUGUUACUCUCCGCUAGGUGGAAGUUAACAUUCAUGUUAUAAUAGUGUACUUUCCGUCAGGUGGAAGUUACGCUCAGGAUUGUGUUACUUCCCGUCAGGUGGAAGUUACACCCAUGUUAUAUCUUCCCAUCAGGUGGAAGUUUACGUUUGGUGGCCGUUAGUGUGCUAGUGAGUCGAGUUCGGGGCCCCCUUUCACAACGAGUAAUAAGAAUACUAAAUUUAAGCAUGAAGCAUUGCAUGAGUAUAUUUAUUUAUUCUAGUGUUGUUAUUGAGAUUUUUCAACAUUAAAGCGAAACUAGGAUUAGGACUGACCCCAACGCCCGCACUCAGGAGCUGCAGGAAACCAGGAGCACCCAGAUCAAUCGCAGGGACAUAGCUGUUGCCCAAGAUGUCAUCACAAGGGUUAGUGGCCCGAAGAGCUUCCAGCGGAACUUAUUUAAGUUUAUGCAUUGUUGGUGGACUUGAGACUUAAUAAGGAUUAUGUUUGAAUACUAUUUUAAGAUGGAUUUUUCCUUGUAUUUUGGAAUGAUGUUUAUGGGACUUUUAUGCAUUUAUUAUUCGACUAAUAACAUGGGUAUUUUGGUAAAAUUAGUCACCGACCGGUGUAGGGUGUUACACCAGGCGUCUCGUAUUUUUCCAUUUUUGUUGUACGCCUUCAUUCUUGGCGUUUCGUAUUGUUGACGGUUCACUGUCGCUUUAUUGUUUCCACAGCAUAACACCUUUCUACUUCUCUCCCCACGCUCCCAAAACUAACCUAAGCAAAAAGCAAACCAGAGCUUAGCACUACUACAAGCUAGCAGAAAAAAGAAGAAACCCCUCAUUCCCUUCCUCCAUGGGAGACCAUUCCACCUUGCUGCUUCUCUUCUAAUCUUUUUAGGAAGAGAAGCUCUGCCGCUUUUCUCCCUUCCUUUCCCCCUUCACUAUUUCGCUAAACCCAUCACCACUCUUCACUCUUUUGCCUUUCCCUUUCAUUUCCUCCUCCCUGGAUUCGAACCCAUAAACAGAAAAAGGAGAGCCCAAGCUCUAAAACAUGCCCCCAGAUCAUCCCCGCCGCAGCUCGCCGCUGAAAUCGAGGGUUCCCCACUUCUUCUCUUCCGCCGCUGUUGUUCUGGCUGUGCUUUUGUGCUGCUCGCUUGCUUCGGGUGAUGACAAACAUGCAUUGCUGGAGUUCAAAUCUGCCCUGACGAAAGACCCUCUAGGGCUUACCUCCACUUGGGACCCUAAAGAUCCCGACCCGUGUACCUGGCAUGGCGUUACCUGCGACUCCCUUUCCCGGCGAGUUACGGCUCUCCAGCUUUCCUCUCGCGCCGAGGGCUCCGCUUGUUCUCUGUUCUCACUCUCGGCAAGCUCGACGAAGGCUGCGAAUGGUAACUUCUCUCUGCUCUUCCCUUGUUUAGGAGUUAGCCUUGAUGCUCUGCCGAAAUUGGAAGGCAAAUUGUCGCCUAAGCUUGCCCAGCUGUCUCAGCUUAGGAUACUGUCGCUGUCGUUUAAUGGUUUGUCCGGGGAGUUGCCUCAGGAGAUUGGCCAACUUCAGUCGUUGGAAGUUCUUGACCUGGGGUUUAAUGCUUUUCAUGGCUCUAUGCCGAUUGCCCUCCAGAAUUCUUCUUCCUUGCGUGUGAUUAAUCUGUCCGGGAAUCUGUUGAAUGGUACGAUUCCAGCAUUCUUUGAGCAAUUGAGGGGUCUGCAAGUCGUGGCAUUGUCUUUUAAUCUGUUGAGUGGUUCGAUCCCAUUGGAAUUAGGAGAUAAUUGUGGUAGCCUGGAGCAUCUCCUUCUUAAUGGUAAUUCGCUAACAGGUUCGAUACCUCUGAAUCUAGGAAGUUGCAGAGAGCUGCGCUCUUUGUUACUGUCUUCGAACUUGUUGCAAGAUGAUGUUCCUUCAACUCUUGGGAAUUUAACAAAUCUGGAAGUGCUUGAUUUGUCAAGAAACUUCUUGAGUGGAAACAUUCCUCCCGAGUUAGGAAACUGUGAACAGUUGAAGCUGCUUGUACUGAAAAAUACGUAUGGCCUUCUCUGGUCGAGGAGUCCUGCAAGUUCAAACAUUGAGGAAGAAGAAAGAGGUGAGGGAGAGUUCAACUACUUCGAUGAAAACUUGCCCGAGAGCAUCUUAAAGCUCCCUAAUCUUCGUGUGCUAUGGGCACCAUACUUGAAUCUGGAGGGCCGCUUUCCCCAAAUUCUAGGUCCUUCAUGCAACUUGAAGAUGCUGAAUUUGGCUGGAAAUUAUUUUUCAGGAGGAAUACCAGUGUCCCUUGGUAAUUGUAAUGGCUUGACUUUUCUUGAUUUGAGCUCCAACAACUUUACUGGGCCACUUCCUUCAGAGUUCUCCGUCCCAUGCAUGAUUGUCUUCAAUGUUAGUCAUAACACUUUAUCUGGCGAUAUUCCAAGAUUCUCUAGCAGUCGCUGUGGAAAUGUGUCUAUUGACAUGGUUGAGAAUGCACUUGGUUUCUACUCAUCCUUCUUUUAUGCCAAUGCUGUCAAGGGAAUUACAUCUUUCAGUUUUCCUUCUAGUGACUUGGCUGUUCUGCAUGAUCUGAGCAAUAACCUCUUCACGGGUCUAGUUCCUCCCCUAUUCAUUGCUUCACAAAGCUUCCCUCGGAAACCUUUUUAUGGAUUUUGGUUGGCUGGUAAUAACCUUGGUGGAAAUAUUACUACUUUCUCGUUUGAGCCAUGUUCUAACUUGAAUGGCUUGGUUUUUGAUGUUGGGAACAAUAAAAUUGUUGGUGAAAUGCCUUCAGCCUUGGGAAGUAAUUGUAAAUGCCUGAAGUUUCUCAGUUUGGCAGUAAACAGUUUAAUUGGUUCAGUUCCUCCUAGCUUUGCUUAUCUUGAUUCUCUGGUGACUCUUAAUCUGAGCAGUAACAGACUGCAAGAUACCAUACCAUCCUAUUUAGGGCUGAUGAAAAACUUGAGGAUUCUGUCAGUGUCUAGCAACAAUUUUUCUGGGGUUAUACCAUUGGAAUUGGGCCAGCUGUCUGCACUAGAGGUUUUGGAUCUUUCUUCUAAUUCUUUGUCCGGCGAGAUACCUCCUGAUCUUUCGAAACUUGAACAUCUCAGUGUUCUGCGGUUAGAUCAUAACCACCUUUCUGGGAAGAUACCCUCCGGAUUCAGCAACACAACAUCUCUGUUGGUACUUGAUGUGGCCUUCAACAAUCUAUAUGGACCCCUUCCCCUGAAUCCAAAUUUAGUCAAAUGCGACAAUUAUAGGGGAAAUCCUCAUCUUGAGCCAUGUCAUGGUGACACAUCAACCACUGAAUGGGAGCAGGAACAUUCUGGCAAUGUGUCUCAGCAACAGGCUAAUACGCCCUCUGGAAGCAAACCUCCUAGGACGAGCACUCAUUUGAACCCGAUAGAAAUAUCCUCCAUCACAUCAGCCUCGGUCAUUGUUGCUGUCCUCAUUACUUUAGCUAUUGUGUUCUUCUGUUUGAGGAAGUUUUCCUUUUGUUCUACUUCGGGCCAGGGGUCAGGCGUAAAAGAGGUUAUAACCUUUAAUGAUAUUGGUGUGCAGCUGACAUAUGAAAAUGUUGUAAGGGCUACUGGGGGUUUCAAUAUUCAGUAUUGCAUUGGAAGUGGAGGGUUUGGAGCAACAUAUAAAGCUGAGAUUGUUCCUGGAGUUAUGGUGGCAGUCAAGCGGUUGUCAAUAGGGAGAUUCCAAGGAUUUCAACAAUUAAGUGCUGAGAUCAGAACUCUUGGAAGGGUGCAGCAUCCUAACCUCGUGAAGCUGAUAGGUUGCCAUGUUAGUGAGUCUGAAAUGUUUCUUAUAUACAACUACUUGCCAGGUGGCAAUCUUGAAAAGUUCAUCCAGGAGAGGUCCAGGAGAGCCGUGGAAUGGAGCAUGCUUCACAAAAUUGCCCUUGAUAUUGCCCGUGCCCUAGCUUAUUUGCACGAUGAGUGUGUGCCUAGAGUACUGCACCGUGAUAUCAAGCCAAGCAACAUAUUGCUGGACAAUAAGUUUAACGCAUAUCUUUCUGAUUUUGGUCUUGCUAGGCUCCUUGGUACUUCUGAGACCCAUGCUACAACUGAUGUGGCUGGGACUUUUGGAUAUGUUGCUCCUGAAUAUGCAAUGACAUGUCGUGUCUCUGACAAGGCCGAUGUGUACAGUUAUGGUGUUGUCCUUCUAGAAUUAAUGUCCGACAAGAAAGCCCUGGAUCCUUCAUUCUCUUCCUUUGGUAAUGGCUUCAACAUCGUUGGCUGGGCAUGCAUGCUUCUUCGGCAGGGUCGAGCUUCUGAGUUUUUCAUGGCUGGGCUAUGGGAUUCUGGACCUCAUGAUGAUCUGAUUGAGAUUCUUCACUUAGGGAUUAUGUGUACUGGCGAAUCCUUUUCAUCUAGACCUUCCAUGAGACAAGUGGCUCAGCGUUUGAAGAGGAUUCAGCCUCCACCAUCUUAAACAGAAAGUUUGUGACCACACAUCUCAUAUUGUAAGUAUAUGCUGUAAGCUAAUGAUUUGUGGUAUUUUCCAUAUCCAAAAGCUCAUUGGCUUUGUAUUCCUUUAGUUAAGAAGCUCAUCGACAUGUCCUUGCACAAUUUUGUAUUCCUACAUGAAAAAUUGCAUUUUCUUACUGGAAUCAUUCAAUGACUUCAAUCUGCUCAAUGUAGCUGCUUUGACCACACCCAUGUUGAAGCAAAUGUUUCAUUGGCUUCUGUCAGUUUCGUUCAAUUCCAGUGCAUAUAAGAUAGAGUUAACAUUUGGGAAUUGCCAAAAGUACCUUUUGAAGUGUCCCUUUUGUUAUGUUGCAAACGCAAUAUGAGUGUUUAGAGAUGUAAUAGUGGGCAGCUGAGAGUCAGAAAGUGGAGAGAAUGAUAUUCUAAUGCAUGUUACACCUGUCUAGUAUAGGACACCUAUUCAUGGCAUUAACCAGAAGUAUCUGCUGCAGUUUUAUGCCUAUGAUUCAAAGCUUCAGACUUCCGAUGAAACUCUGAUUGCUUAGGAUGGCGAGAGUUUCUGAUGGAUUUCUCGAAGCUCAAAUGGCUUUACUUGGUGUAUAACCAUUAACCUAAGGCUGGCUCUCCUUCCACGGCUUUCUACUGACCAAGAUUGUUGGAACAUCUGGUGAGCUCUUUUUUAACUGCCUGUUGAAUAUUACAUUACUUGAUAACCAACAGUGUUUGCAAUUAAUUGCCUGUUUCAUUAUUUCUUAAGGUUUCCUAUACUGAUUGUAAAAUGGUUCAUCUUUAUAUUAGUAUUUUUAUACAUUCAGGGGAUCCGUGGCAUUUAGCUAAUCCCAAAAGCAUAAUUUAUAACCUCUUCCUCGACGCUCAGCUUGAUGUGUGUCAAAGUCUUGCAUCCACACCCAUAGCGUGUUUUCUUUAUUUUUAUGUUGGACUCAAGUGGCGGGAAAAACUUGGUGUUGUUACCAUGCUUGAAACCAAUAUGGGUAAUGAGAUAGAUAGACUAAUAUUUUUUAAUUUUCACCAUGCUUCACCAAAAAACAGUAUAAAGUUCUUGGGUAUAUUCUAUCAGACUACCAAACUUGAACAAAAGAACUGCAGUAUGAAUUUUCUAAGCAUGUUUAUAAUGUUGAUAUUUGUGAGGAGUACUAUGCCUAGAAUUCUGGACUGUCAUUUUUAGUUACACCCUUACCGCAUUAUUUCAGGAGUUCAGGCGCCUUUCAUUAGCGAGCUAGGAAGUUAAGAGUUAGCCCCUAUGACCGUGGACUCGUAAAAGUUGCGUGACCUAAGGUAAGGUUUAUGCCUGGGGGAAAUUACUUUUUAUGGCAAAACUAGUUUAUUUGACAUCAGGGCACCUCACUGACUGCUAAUUUGCCUGGUUGAAGAAGCAACGGGAACUCCAUUCUCGCCGCCAGCAAUGCUCUCAAAUUUCAAACUUCAACAUCUUGCUUGGAGUAAAACCUUGCUUCUCUUGAAGAGUCUGAUUGUCUUGGCACCAAAGGGUUGAAGGCAACGUAAAACAGAGAGCACUAAGUUGUUAGUAAGUUUCCUUCAUCUGGUAUGGAGCUAGAGAAGGCAGCUAUGGCACACGCGCGAUCCAGUCAAGUACUGAUGAUGAUUGCCACUUGCAAAAUGCAACAAGGAACCAAAGUGGGUCGUAAAAGUAUCUUACUUUUACUACCCUGGAGAUGGAAACAGUCACAUAUUCGAUCCUUUUCUCAUCUAUGCACGGCAGGUUAAAGGUAUUUCGCCACCAAACCAUGACUCUAGAUUCCCCUGUUUUUACCCUUCUACCUUUUUUUGUUGUCCUCAACAUGAGUUCCGUUUUGAAUGGCAGAUGCGAAAGGGAAGAAGAGAUAAGGAACUUUUCGAUGCAAUUUGCCUGCUUUCCUUCAAAGCUUUGGUUAUCUUUGAAGGGGCUUAUUGGCUGGGAGCAAGAGGUGAAGUUGAUGGUUUUAGGGAAAUUAUUAGUGGAAAAAAGUGGGUUCAGGUUU